GGCUGACAUGCUCAGCGUUCUCCCUAGCCCUUUUCUGUACUUCUGUCGCUUCCGCCAGAGGUUUCACUUAAGGUCUUAUCCCCAUAUGUUUAGUGCAGCCCGUCGUGUCGGAAUCUCUGCGCUCUCCACCCGCUCGUUGUCUGUUUUUGCUUCCAGCCGGUCCUUUUCCUCCGCAGCCAUGUCUAAGAUCAACGGUGGUACCGUCGUGGAGCUCCACGGUGAUGAGAUGACCCGCAUCAUCUGGGACCUCAUCAAGGAGAAGCUCAUCAACCCCUACGUCGACCUGGACAUCAAGUUCUACGACCUGUCCGUCCAGAGCCGCGAUGCCACCGAUGACCAGAUCACCAUCGAUGCCGCCAACGCCAUCAAGAAGUACAACGUCGGCAUCAAGUGCGCCACCAUCACCCCCGAUGAGGAGCGCGUUGCCGAGUUCGGCCUCAAGAAGAUGUGGCGCUCUCCCAACGGCACCAUCCGUAACAUCCUCGGUGGUACCGUCUUCCGUGAGCCGAUCAUCUGCAAGAACGUCCCCCGCCUGGUGAACACCUGGAACCGCCCGAUCGUUGUCGGCCGUCACGCCUUCGGCGACCAGUACCGCGCCACCGACCUCGUCGUCCCCAAGGGCAAGUUCGAGAUGGUCUUCACCCCUGCUGAGGGUGGCGAGAAGCAGACCUUCGAGGUGUUCAACUUCUCCGAGUCCGGCGGUGUCAUCAUGGGCAUGUACAACACCGACGAGUCCAUCCGCGAGUUCGCCCAGUCCUCCAUGGUCUACGCCUACGACAAGCAGUGGCCCCUGUACCUGUCCACCAAGAACACCAUCCUCAAGUCCUACGAUGGUCGUUUCAAGGACAUCUUCCAGGAGGUCUACGAGGCCGACUGGAAGGCCAAGUUCGAGGCCGCCGGCAUCUGGUACGAGCACCGCCUCAUUGACGACAUGGUCGCCCAGGCCAUGAAGUCCGAGGGUGGCUUCGUUUGGGCUUGCAAGAACUACGAUGGUGAUGUCCAGUCCGACUCCGUUGCCCAGGGCUUCGGCUCUCUCGGUCUCAUGACCUCCGUCCUGGUCUGCCCCGAUGGCAAGACCGUCGAGGCCGAGGCCGCUCACGGCACCGUCACCCGCCACUACCGCGCCCACCAGCGCGGCGAGGAGACCUCCACCAACCCCAUUGCCUCCAUCUUCGCCUGGACUCGUGGUCUCAUCCACCGCGGCAAGCUCGACGGCAACGACUCCCUCGUCCACUUCGCCGAGUCCCUCGAGGCCGUCUGCAUUGAGACCAUCGAGGCCGGCUUCAUGACCAAGGAUCUGGCCCUCUGCAUCCACGGCAAGGAGAUGAAGCGCGAGCACUGGCUCAACACCUUCGACUUCCUUGACAAGCUCCAGGAGAACCUCAACCUCAAGCUCAAGGCCAACCUCUAAGUGACUUGUCUUUCUCUCUCCCUCUCCCUCUCUCAAGGCACGCAUGUACGCCCAUAUGUGUGGAGUCCCUCCUUCGGUUCGUCCCGCUUCCGGAGGUGAGGGGGGACCCGCUGCCGGCUUUCGUGUCUCGCGCAUGUCUCUGUGCACACAGACACACGCGUGAGGGGGUGGUUUCUCCCUGCCCCCGGCGGUGAGCUGUGUGAGAGGACCCCGUUUGCGAGCGGACCGCGCCUCCCUUCUCCCCCCCCCCACCCUCUGUCCUCUUUCCUGCGUGUAGGGGGCGUGUGUGUGUGUGUGUGUGUCUGCUCUCCAAAUAUACCCUCUCUCUGUAUCUCCA